CUACCUGCACCUGCGCAUGAAUAUAUCUUUUAUUUUUUCAGAAAUUGCUGUGUUAAAGCCCGCAAGUAACCUAAAAAUGAACCCCAAAAGCCCCGAGGCUAGAAGCAGAGACGACAGGCCUUUUGACGGAAUGAUCAUAUCCGAUUCUAAUUGCCUUAACACAUUAGACAGCCGGAGUUCCUGCCCUGUUUGCGGCAAGUCCCGAAUGUAUUUCUGCUACACAUGUUUUGUUCUCGUAUCAGACCUUAAAGGGAAAGUGCCAUUCUGUAAAUUGCCAAUUAAGGUGGAUAUAAUUAAACACAAAAGAGAAAUAGAUGGUAAAAGUACAGCAGCCCAUGCAGCAGUUCUAGCUCCUGAGGAUGUCAACAUAUAUACAUACCCCACUGUACCUAGGUACGAAAAUGAUGGCCGGACAGUGCUCUUGUAUCCAGGUAGCCAAGCUAUUUCUGUGAAUGAGCUAUUUAUGGACAAACAGGAUUCUAUGUCUUACUCUGAAUAUGUUCUUUCUCAACUACCACAUGGAUACAAUGUGGGUACAUUGAUGACACAAAUAUGCCCAAACAACAGACAAAACUCUAAAACUAUAUACCACACAGAGAGACUACCUGUGGAUCGUGUAGUUCUGAUAGACAGCACAUGGAACCAGAGUCGUGGGAUAUAUGGAGAUGAAAGAUUGCACAAGCUGCCUAAAAUAGUUCUACAGAAACGUGCCUCACAAUUCUGGCGUCACCAGAAAGGAAGUCCUCGGUGGUACUUGUCCACUAUUGAAGCCCUUCACCAACUUGUGCUUGAGCUCCAUGUGUGUGCAUGGGGCUGCAGUGAACAUUACAAAAAUAAUCUUACUUUAGAAUUUCCUAUUCAUGGUUCAACAGAAAACCAUACACAAUGCAUACCUUAUGAUGGUCAAUAUGAUAAUUUAUUAUUCUUUUUCAAGUAUAUGUAUGAAAAAUUGCAUACAUUGUAUAAACAUGAGGAUUUAUUAGCAUAUAAAAGACCUAUGAAGUAGAAAUAAAUGCAUUUAUU